GGAACAAUUCAGAAAAUUUGUAGUGAUGUAACAUCAACGGAUGAGCAAAAUACCAAAGAAAAAAGUAUAAAGAAGCAAGAGGUUGUCUUGGAAAUGCUGACAUCAGGUAAACGUACAGAAGAAAAACAUGCUAAGGGCCAAGAGGUUUUGCUACAAGCUGAUAUAAAUACUACAAUGAAAACAAAGAGGAAAGAAGCUGAUGGUAGUGAUGAUGAAAAUGGAAUGUGGAGAAAAAGAGUCAAGAUUGAACCUAAUUUGGAGGUCAUGUCGCUGACAACAGCAAGCAGUAUAGAAAAUCAACCGGUGUACAGAAGACCAUUACCUAGUGGAUUCUUCAGUGUACAAACUCAGAAUUUAAUCAAGUUAAAUCCAGUUGAUAUAAAGCCAGAAUUUUUAGACCUUCCAGUGAGCUUGAGUAGAACUUGUGAAACUUCACUAGUGUGCCGACAAUCAAACAGGCAGAGUGAAGAUGCUAAUGAUCAGAGAGUAGUCUUGGGGGAUGUUAAAAACUUCAAGCGGUUUAAAAAGGCAUCCUAUCCAGGACAACAGAAUAUGCCUCAUGUGAUUGGUGGAGAUGAUCUUUAUACUCAUUGCAACAAGAUGCAAGAAGAUGUGGAUGAGAUGUUUCGAGAAAUGGAUGAAGCUGACAAUGCUAGAAAUGAACACAGUCAAAUGGCGGAGUAUCUUUUCAACAAUAUUCAAGGCAAGACAGCAAUAAAAAGCAGACGCAGGUAACUACAAAAGUAAGUAGAAAAGUACCAUAUACCCUUAUAUCUCAACUCUCCAUCUCCUCUGACAUAGUCAGAUUGUUUUAUUGGUUUUUUUGUCAGCCAAUAAUGUACUGUUAGAAGCUGGGGCAGGGUGUAGUCAUUCAAAUUUAGCUAGAUACCCUGCUGUAGUCUUAGUACCUUGGUGUAGUUCAUUCCUACCUAUUCACUAUGGGCAUUUGUUUUGAUUAUGACUGUUACGAUGCAACUUGGAGAAAUUUAUGGAUGGUCCACAAUGUCUUGAAAGAACUCUGCCCCUGCACUAAUAUACUCAGAUGUGAGGUUCUGUGCAGUAAGCCAUACAGGUAUAGAUACAGAAUUCAAGGGUCAUGUAUAUAUUGUAAUUCAUUAAAUAUUUAACCACCAGAGUUUUUUGUGUUCAUUCAUUGCAGUGACAUAGAAUAUGUUCUAAUGAAAGAAAUUAUAAAAUUAUUACCUUAACCUUCUCAGAAAAGGUUGAAUGUUUUUUAAUUUUCACUAUUAAUGGACCCAAAUUCUCUGUGAAGGCAUUACUCCAAUCUGAAACUAGAGCAAGGUACUCGUCAUGCAAAAACAGUAAAUCAGUAGGCCAAAUAAAAACAUUACUUGCUUUUCUAUUUUUUAAAUAAACAUAAUAAACUCAUCAGAAAAAUAAAGUUUCUGUAUUUUAAUUAAAUUACUACACUUAUAUAUUUAAUAAAAUGAAAUUAAUGUAUCCAAGUCAGUAUCUCAAAUUUCAUACUGUUUAGCAAAGCUUAACUAGGCUAACAAUUAUAUG